AUGCAGCAUCAUCCGGUUUCGCUGCAGGAGCAGCAUCAGCCGCAUUUGCUGCAGCAGCAGCAGCAGCGAGGAGUGGUAGUAUCUAACAUCAAGUAUCCUUUAAACAACUCCGAAGUACCUGAAGACCCUUCAGCGCUUCCUGUCCUCAUUAAACAUUCAUCUUCUCUUGUCGCUCCUCAGCCUACAGGCCGCCUUAUCCCUACAAAUGUUCGCCCCCCCCAGUGUCUCGCAGCAGCAGCUGUUGGAAGUGCAUACAUUCCUUCUUCCUUAACAGGAUCUCCUUUCUUUUAUGCUGCUCCUUCUGCCCCCGCAUGCAUUUCACGUAAUCCGCGAGCGCCAGCCCUCGCUGCUCUAACGAACAGACUGGGGCUUCCUCCGCAGCAAAACCCAGCUCAAGCUGUCAACUAUCAUGCAAUAGAGCAGCAGCAGCAGCAGCAGCAGCAGCAGAGAGAGGAGGGAGGAGCGCGACUGCGAGCUGCAGCAAGAGGAGACAAUGAAGAAGCGCUGCAGUCAUGGCCGCCUCCUCAGUCUGUCUCUAUGGGCUUAGGAAUUCUACAUAACGCAUUUGAUGCUGCUGCUGCUGCUGUAGGCGGCAGCAACAACACCUUCCUGCUGCCCCCCAACAGCAACAAACCCCUCUCUGUUAUCAGCGUGCCCAAUGAACAAGGUAGGGAAACUCUCAGAGCAAUUCUGCAGCCAGCAGCAACAGCAGCAGCAGCAGCAGCAGCAGCAGUUGCUGCUGCUGCUGCUCGCUGCUCGCUGCAGAGUGGCAAGGAGGUUGACGUGGCUGCUGCAUACAACCGAACAGCUGAGGAGUUGUCUCGGUCUUUGAAGCAGAUGAAGUGCUUCUCUGUCGCCAACCCCGUAGCAGCAACACUCAGCAAGCAGUUGCUGGAGGAGGCGAAUAGAAAGCGUCGCGAAGAAGCCGAGAGGCGUUCUGGAGCAGCAGCAGCUGCAGCAGCAGCAGCGGCAGCAGCAGCAGCAGCUGCAGCAGCAGCUGCUGCAGCGGAGGAGAGGGAGCGGCAGCAGCAGCAAGAACAGGCGAAGCAGCAGCAAGAGGAAGAAGAAAGAAAGCUGCUGCAGCAAAUUGACGCUACCAACCUGCUUUGUCUGCCGGGCCCUUCGCCAGCUGAACUAAGAAGAAGGAGAGCAGAAGCAGCAGCAAUCAGCAGGCAGCAGCAGCAGCAGCAGCGGGAGAUGUUCUUGCAGCAGCAGCAACAGCAGCAAGAGAUGUUUAUGCAGCAGCAGCAGCAGCAAGACAUGCUCAUGCAGCAGCAAAUGCAAUACCCCACAGAAGACUCCUGGAAUUACCCUCAACAGCAGCCUUACUACGAUUACCCCCAGACCGGCUACCAGCAGCAGCAGUUCGAGCAGCAGCAGUUCGAGCAGCAGCAGUUCGAGCAGCAGCAGCAGCAACAGCAGCAGCUGGAUAGAGAAGCACUUCAGCAGCAGAUUUUGCUGCAGGAGGAAAGGAUUGCGCAGCUGCAUCAGCAGCUAAUGCAGCACCAGCAAGCCAGAGAACAACGCAAAGAAGAAGAAGCAGCAGCAGCAGCAGCAGCAGGAGCAGCAGCAGCAGCAGCAGCAGGUGAUGGUGAUUGUUCUAUGGGCAACGAUGACACACACACCCUCGGCCUCAGCCGCAGCAACAGCAGCAGCAGCAGCAGCAGCAGCAGAAGCAGGAGCGGCAGCGGGUUUAUGAAGGGUUUACCGACUUCUUACUCUGCACAAAGAGCAGCAGCAAGAAAUAAACAAAACACAAAAAACAGUUAUAUCGAAGAAGAAGCGGCAGCAGCAAACAAAAACAAAAACAAAAAGACGUCAGAUAUUUUGUGCAACGAUUUUAUUUUAUCUCAAUUAUCUGUUUAA